AAAAAAAAAAAAGAGUUGCAUGCUCUAGGGACUGAACCAGACAGACACCGCAGUAAACCUAUUCUUGUUUAAAGACAGUAACUUAACAUCUGAAAAGCAUACAUCUUUACAUAGCACUCUCAGGGCCAUUAAACAGGUCUUACAACUUCAGACUCUCUGCAGCCAAUUAACUUUACACCUUUCUCAAUCACGUCCCAGCAACUUCUCUUUUUCGGUCUCAAGCACCUAUGCAGAUUUGACCUGUUCUCUUAAAAAGUUUAAGAAAGCGCAAGGAAAUGCUAAAACAAACGUUUGCUCGUUUCCCCGGCACUACCACGUCCUAAGCACUGGCUUCUGGAGGCCCACAACACAUUCCUUCCCGAAAUGUUUACCCCAAACUUUUAAACCAGAAACUUUACAAUCUGGGCAUAAAGUCAGUCAAGCUCCCCCUUGCCUAUCUGCAGUCUUAAGCACACGCCACCAGCUCUGUUCCACAAGAGUAGAGAGGAGCAGAAGCCGCCCGUGAAGCCGAUGCUCAGUCACCGGCGCCUGGGGCGGGGGCUCGACGACUAGCUAGUGCCAAAAGUGAGCUAACUCUCCACUAACGGAAUCGGAAAAUUCCGUUCUUUCUUGUGACACGGCUUCCAAAAAGAAAUGAAUGUUCUUUGAAACAUUCACUGCUACUGACGCUGGUCAGUCAGGUCCGGGAUAAGACCAGUCAACCUACCCACAGGCCAAACAAGGAAGUCCUGCGUUUGCGUGCGGCCGCCUCCGGCGAAGAAGACCGGAAGGAACGCCAGCGCCUUCCUUUGCGCAAGCGCAGGCCGACCUCUCCCAUUGGUCAUCUCAGCUGAAGUUGGCGUGCUCAUGCGCUCCGCUGUCCUGCCGGCUGGGUUGCAUUGACGUGGACGUGUGCCCUAGUGUUUAUCCGGCGACUGCAGCCCACAGGCCCGCCGGGCCGCAGUUCAUGAUGCUUACGGAGGUUUUUUUGUUUGUCAUUAUUAUUUUUUUUAACCUUCUGAAAUCGUUUGUUUAAGCGGGUGAUUCAUUCAUGCUCAAGUACCGAAAGUCUGACUGAAAGAAUAUUGAGCUUCCUGGUUCAGGGCCGGACGCUUACCUAACCUACUGACUUGGGAGCUUCAGAACCAUGGGGACAAAGGAGGCAGGGGAUGCUAGAGCAGCAGAGUUGGGCCUCCUCCCCUCAUCAACCAACCCAAACAAGCAAAUGUCUGAAAAACCAAACUAUGCUCUUAAAUUUACUCUCGUGGGACAUACGGAAGCAGUAUCAUCGGUUAAGUUUAGUCCUAAUGGAGAAUGGCUAGCAAGUUCUUCUGCUGACAAAGUAAUUAUAAUUUGGGGAGCCUAUGAUGGAAAGUAUGAGAAAACACUUCAUGGUCACAAUCUGGAAAUAUCAGAUGUUGCCUGGUCAUCAGAUUCCAGUCGCCUUGUUUCUGCCUCAGAUGAUAAGACGCUAAAGAUUUGGGAUGUGAGAUCUGGAAAAUGUUUGAAAACGCUGAAGGGGCAUAGUAAUUAUGUUUUUUGCUGUAAUUUCAAUCCACCAUCCAAUCUCAUCAUUUCAGGAUCUUUUGAUGAGAGUGUGAAAAUAUGGGAGGUGAAAACAGGGAAGUGCCUUAAGACUUUGUCUGCUCAUUCUGACCCAGUUUCUGCUGUUCAUUUUAAUUGUAGUGGGUCUUUGAUUGUGUCAGGUAGCUAUGAUGGUGUUUGUAGAAUUUGGGAUGCUGCAUCAGGUCAGUGUUUAAAAACACUUGUUGAUGAUGAUAACCCUCCUAUCUCUUUUGUAAAAUUUUCUCCAAACGGAAGAUAUCUUCUAAUUGCAACUUUGGACAAUACUCUUAAACUGUGGGAUUAUAGCAGAGGCCGAUGUCUGAAAACAUACACUGGUCAUAAGAAUGAGAAAUACUGCAUAUUUGCCAAUUUUUCAGUUACUGGUGGAAAAUGGAUUGUGUCUGGAUCAGAAGAUAAUCUGGUUUACAUUUGGAACCUUCAGACUAAAGAGAUUGUACAGAAAUUACAAGGUCAUACAGAUGUUGUAAUCUCAGCAGCUUGUCAUCCUACAGAAAACAUCAUUGCAUCAGCAGCAUUAGGAAAUGACAAAACAAUUAAACUGUGGAUGAGUAACUACUAAACCCUUUAGAAAUCAACUAGUAGAGCCAAAUUGGCAAAAAAAAAAAAAAAAAAGGGUAUUUAAAAAGAUGGUUUCUCUUAAUUUUGGUAUGGUUUUGUGUUUCUUUUUAACAUUGUCUUACUCUCUCUAACAAAUAAACAAAUAAAAUCUUUAAAAAAAAAGAAAGGGGGGUUGUGGUGGAAUGCCUGGGUGGCUCAGUCAAUUAAGUGCCUGCCUUCGGCUCAGGUCAUGAUCCCAGAGUCCUGGGGUCAAGUCCUGCAUUGGGCUUCUUGCUUGGUAGGGACCCAGCUUGUGCUCACAUGUUCUCUCUCUGACAAAUAAAUGAAAUCUUAAAAACAACCCAAAAACCCAUUGUCUUAGAUUAAAAGAUUUCAGACCUAUAACCUAAAUUUACAAAGCAGGACAACUGGAAAAGCAAGUCUAGAACUUAGGGCUUCUGACUUUUAAUCUUCAGGUCUGGUAUUAACUCGUGUCUAUUCCUGAAUAGGUUCCCACUCUGUUCCUCUGAGUGUAUUUGAGAAAUAUUUGAAAGUAAGGUUGACAAAACAGGAUGACUGAUUAAGUGAGGGGAGUCAGAGUUUGGCAUAACUCCAGUGCUCCUGAUUCGGGAGAUCAGAUGAGUAAGAACAUAAUCCUGGGAUAGUGAUGGAAUGGAGAUGUAUGGCAGAUGCCACUCACACGUGAAAUGGUUCCAUGGAAUCAAGUCUAUAAAUUGGGAAAAAUAAGUCAUUGGUUCGGUCUGUUAAACAUCUUAAGUUUUGUAUCGAGAUAAAAACUGAAAGUAAAUCAAAACAUUAUAAAUGGCAUUUUGCUGAGGGACUUCUCACUACCCUGGUUAGAUUGUGCCUCAUGAUGAUCAAGCAAACUAAAUGUCUAAAUGGUGUGGCUAUUCUCUUUCACUAUGUGUCUGACCUAGUAACUUGAAACAGAAAUCACCACUUUGUGGACCAGCACUGCCUGCUUGACUGGAACCACAACUGACAGCUGAGUUAGGUUUUGUUUCUUUCUACAGCGACUGUUAUAUAAAGUUCAGAAUAUAUCUUUUACCAGUUUGUAUUGUAGCCGUUUCAUGGGCCAUGUUUCCAUAAAUUAUGAGCUCUGUAAAGAAGUAUGUUUUACUCAUUUUGUAUUCUCAGUAUUUAUAUAUAUAAGGGAUUAAGGUAAUGUUUGAUGAAUGACAAUGAAUUAUACCACGACUUUAUUCACCCCUUGCCUACUUUCAAUAAACAUUUGGAAUCAUGUCCCCA